AGUAAACAGACAGCGCUAAUAGAAUUAGCUAGUAGGUGCACGUUAGCAGUUAGCUGGAAGACAGCAGUGUGGUCGUGUCUCGGGUGAAUGUUCAAGUAGUGGACGGAGCAGUGAUGUCUUCGGUUCAGUAUUUGAGAGAGUUUAUCAGCGAGCGACUAACAGCUGCUGCUGAGGAGAUAUUCACGGUCUUUGAAAAAACCAUCGUCCAGUACGAAGAAGAGGUCGAUCGUCAGCGCAGACUGCUGGAGACCGUUUUGAAACCUGAAAUAAAGCUGCACAGGAUCGAGCUCCCACAGCAGCAUGUCUGUAAGGAGGAGGAGGUUCUCAAUGACCAGCAGCUCUGUCACCAGGAGAGGAACUCCAGUCUGGACCAAGAGGAACAAGAACCUCCACAGAUAAAAGAGGAACAGGAGGAAAUGUUCACCAGUCAGGAGGGAGAGCAGCUUGUACUGAAGCAGGAGACUGACACCUGCAUGUUGACUCCUCAUGGUGAGGAAAGUGCCCAUAGAGAACAAGAGGGUGAGCACCAGCUCCUCUCUCACAACUCUCCUGUAGCUGAGAGCCAAGAUCAGAACAGAAGAAAACAUAUGGAUUCAAAAUCUACAGGAAAUGAAGAACCAAACCCACAGAAGAGUUUUCAUGAAAACAGGAGUCACGGUAGCAAUGUGGAUAACUCUCCUAAAUCAGAGAUUAACUCUAAUACUCAAACAGGUAAAAAGUCUUUCAAAUGUGACACUUGUAGAAAAACGUAUGUGUGUAAGUAUAAAUUGAAGAGUCAUCUGGGAACGCACACAGGUGAAAAACCUUAUUUAUGCAAAAUAUGCAAGAAAGGAUUUGGACGUGGUGAUGAACUGAGAGUCCACAUGAAAAUUCACACUGGUGAGAAGCCAUUUUCUUGCCAAACAUGUUGGAAAAGGUUUGGACGUAGUAAUGAAUUGAAAAUCCACCUGAGAAGUCACACUGGUGAGAAGCCAUAUUCUUGCCAAACAUGUACAAAACGUUUUGUAAGUAAUAGUAAAUUGAAAGUCCAUGUGAGGUUUCACACUGGUGAGAAGCCAUUUUCGUGCAAAAUUUGUCAGAAAGGUUUUGUAAGGAUUUGUGAUUUGAAGGUUCAUAUGAGAAUUCACACUGGUGAAAAGCCAUAUUCCUGCCAAACAUGUGGGAAAAGGUUUGUACGUACUGAUGAAUUGAGAAUCCACAUGAGAACUCACACUGGUGAGAAGCCAUAUUCUUGCCAAACAUGUGGGAAAAGGUUUGCAAGUAGUGGCAGUUUGAAAGUCCACAUGAGAAUUCACACUGGUGAGAAGCCAUAUUCUUGCCAAACAUGUGGGGAAAGUUUUGGACGUGGUGAUCAAUUGAAAGUCCACAAUAGAACUCAUAUUUAAGAAGCCACACUCUUGCGAACUAUUUAAGAAAUUUUUUGGAAGUAGUGGGAUCUUGAAAGUCCAGAUGAUGGCUCAUACGUCAGAAGCCGUACAAUGGACAUUUUACAUUACAAGUGUCACAUUUUACUUUCAAAUGUGACACUUGUGGACAAACUUGUGCGUGCAUGUCUAAUUUAAAGAUUCACCUGGGAACUCACACAGGUGAAAAGCCAUAUUCUUGCCAAACAUGUGGGAAAAGGAUUAGACGACGUGAUGAAUUGAGAAUCCAUUUGCGAAUUCACACAGCUGAGCAGCCAUAUUCUUGAAAAAUAUGUCAGAAAUGUUUUGUGAAAAGUAGAGCUGUGAAAAAUAACGCGUUAUGAUUAAAUUAAUUACCUUUUUUUACUCAUUUAACGCAUGCGCACAAGGACCUUCCAAUAUAACCACAAUUCCGCCCACUCUGCACUAGUCUCCGCUCUAAUGCAGUCAGAUGGCGGCUGCCAAUCAAACAAACAAACAACAUGGAUAAUUCUGAUGAACCUGAGGACAUUCUGGACAGCAAGAUCGAACAUUCAAUAAAACCAAGGUGAUAUGUACACUCUGUGGGAAGACAUUAUCGUUUCACAGUAGUAAUACCAGCCUAAAGUACCAUGCAACGCGAAGCAUGUGUAGGUCGGCGAGGGGCGUUCAAGUGGAAUGCGUCAAACCAGCUACACUUGCAGGACACAUUGGGCAAAAGAAGCGGUCAGCUUUACUGUCAGAGAAUGUGAACAAGUUAGUUUGCCUCAUCAACUGGCUAAAGAACGACUAGCAAAGAGGACCUUUAGAGGCAUUAGAUUGCGUCAUGGUGUGGUUAAUGGUUGUUUGACAAAAAAUAUAAAAAAAAUUCAACCAUCCUAUAAAAAGAAUGGAUAAGAAGCUCAAAUAAUAUCUGUUUGAUUUAAAAAGAAAAGAAAAAGUUUUAUUCAACCAUACAAUGGCUAAGAAACCCGAAUUCUGUUUAGGAUGAAGAUUAUAUUAAUGUUCCAUAUGGAAUAACAAAGAGAACUGCUAAAGGACUGCUGAGUUGCAGCACCAUUGUUUUGUUUAUUUAUGAUUAUUAAAAGAAAACUGGUUAAAUAUAUAUAUGCGUCUUUUGUAAUAAAUUGUUUGUUUUCACAAAAAUAUACAGAGAAAUCGGUAAUGUGAUUAAUCAUGAUUAAUCCAUAGAAACCUGUGAUUAAUUUGAACCAAAGCCUCAGGAUAGUGUUUAUGAAAACUGGAGCCACAGUAACAAUCUUUACACCUGUCCCAUAUUAGAGACUAACUCUUAUCAAAUGUGACACUUGUGGAAAAGCUUUUGUGUAUGAGAGUCACUUAAAAAUGCAUCUGAGAUUCACACAGGUGAGAAGUAAUUUUCAUGUAUAAUAUGUGGAAGAACAUUCAGUACCACGUUCAAAUUAAAAAGGCAUAUGACAACUCUAACAGGUGAGAUGCCAUUUUCGUGUAAAAUAUGCACGAAAGGAUUUAGUAGUCAUGGUGAUUUUUCUGUCUUUUGUGCCAAUGUUAACUCAACUUGGCAUCAUUAAUAAAGGAAUGUACGAUUUCUCUUCUCUUUCUCACUGUUGAAA